UAUCACUUCCAGAUCUGCCCAAGUGUCAAGACCUUCACUCUUACCAUCCAAUGCUGCGUCGCGCUUCCUCCUCGCUCCUGCGCCGCGUGCAGCAGCGCGGCAUCUCCAGCUCCUCCAGCCGCCAAUGGGACCAAGUGCGUCCUCACUUCCACGCUGGGGCCCACGGCAACCCGAAGCUGAACCUGCCACAAACCGUGUCAAUUAUCGGUGCCCCCAUGACGUAUGGCCAGCCACUACUGGGCACGGACAGUGGCCCGGAUCAACUGCGCGAGGCGGGAUUGCACAAGACUCUGGUGGGUCUGGGCUGGUCCGUCGAGGAGAAUGGGAACCUCAGCUUCGUGGCGCCAUCCUCUAACGACCCGGUACUGGACCCACGCUACGGCAAAGCCAAGCAGUGCUUCCCCGGUGAGAAGAUCUUUUUUUAUGCGUUAUUCUUACGAAGAAUUGACAUUUUUUGUGAAGUUGGCAAUGGAACGAAGCAGUUGUACGAGAUCUUCAAGCAGAAAUCUGGAGAAGGCAAGUUUUGCUUGGUGCUGGGUGGUGACCACACCAUUGGAGCUGGAUCGCUUGCAGGAUUGCUGUCUGUGCACCCGGACGCUGGUGUUAUCUGGGUGGAUGCCCACGCUGACAUCAACACGCCAGCGGAUUCGGACUCUGGGAACAUGCACGGCAUGCCAAUCGCCUUCCUCAUGGACGGUAUGGUGGACAGCUCCAAGGUUCCAGGCUUCGAAUGGCUCGUUAAUGGCCCCACGAUGAAACCGGAGCAGCUCGUGUAUGUGGGUCUGCGUGACGUCGACACGUUUGAACGUCGCGUCAUUCAUGAGAAGGGCAUCAAGGCGUUCUCGAUGCAAGAAGUGGACCGCUACGGCAUUGGCAAGACGAUGGAGAUGGCGCUGGACCACCUGUGCGGCAAGAAGCAGCGUCCACUGCACAUGAGCUACGACAUUGACGCAGUGGAUCCACUGGUGGCUCCUUCCACGGGCACACGUGUGCGUGGCGGACUCACCUGGCGCGAGGCUCACUACGUUGCUGAAGCUGUGGCCGAAACCAACUUGAUGGUGGGUCUGGACAUGGUCGAAGUGAACCCCAUGUUGGCGCCUGGAAACGGAGCUCAGAUUACAGUCGACAUGGCGCUCAUGCUCAUCUCGUCGGCACUUGGAAACCGCAUUUUGUAAGACAAUCCAGUCAGAAAUGGCGUCGUUAAGGUACAUUCAUAACGAUUUGCACCACUAACCCACUAGACAAGAACACAAUACCGUGAGCACAGGUGUCCCUACAUUACCGCUUGCCUUUUUUCUU